AUGACUGCUGUUCUUUUUCUCUGCUUCAUCCUCCUCUGUUUCUCCUUCACCCCUUCUCUGCAACACGUCAGCGAGUCUGAGCCGCUCGUGCGGUUCAAGAGCUCUGUGAAUAUAACCAAAGGGGACUUGAAUUCAUGGAGAACAGGAACCGAUCCGUGCAACGGCAAAUGGUUUGGGAUCUAUUGCCAAAAGGGUCAAACCGUUUCCGGCAUUCACGUCACCCGGCUCGGCCUUUCUGGGAUCAUCGACGUCGAGGAUCUUAAGGAUCUCCCAAACCUAAGAACAAUCAGGCUUGACAACAAUCUCCUCUCGGGUCCACUCCCUCCUUUCUUCAAGUUGCAUGGCUUGAAGUCGCUCUUGCUGUCAAACAACAGCUUUUCCGGAGAGAUCGCAGAUGAUUUCUUCAAGGACACGCCACAGCUCAAGCGGGUGUUUCUCGAUAACAACCGUUUCUCCGGGAGAAUCCCCACUUCCGUGAUGCAGCUCCCGGGGAUCGAGGAGCUUCACCUGCAAGGCAACCAGUUCUCCGGUCAGAUCCCUCCGCUUACAGAUGGAAACAAGGUUCUUAAAUCCCUCGACUUCUCCAGCAAUAAUCUGGAAGGAGAGAUACCAAAGAGCAUUUCGGAGAGAAAGAAUCUACAGAUGAACUUCCAAGGGAACCAGAAGCUUUGCGGGCAACCGCUGACUGCGGAAUGCGUUGCGAAACCGCCAUCCACAGGGUCAGGGAGAGAGCAGAACCAAGUGGCGGGCAAAGCCAUCCUCAUGGUCAUCUUGUUUCUUGUGAUAUUUUUGAUCAUUGUGGCGAUUGUAACGAGACUAAAGAAGAAGAGGCAGCCUGAGUUCCGGAUGCUCGGCAAGGACCACCUAAGCGACCAAGAGAGCGUGGAAGUGCGUGUGCCAGACUCCAUAAAGAAACCUAUUGAGUCAAGCAAGAAGCGAAGUAACGCGGACGGUUCCUCGAAGAAAGGUUCAACGAAAGGUGGAGGAGGUGGUCCAGGAGCAGGCGGCAUGGGAGACAUUAUAAUGGUGAACAGCGAGAAAGGCUCCUUCGGUUUACCCGAUCUCAUGAAGGCUGCAGCCGAGGUGCUAGGAAACGGUAGCCUCGGAUCCGCUUAUAAGGCGGUGAUGGCUAACGGAUUAUCCGUGGUUGUGAAGAGGAUUAGGGAUAUGAACAAGCUUGCGCGUGAGGCAUUCGAUGUAGAGCUGCAACGGUUUGGGAAACUCCGACAUCCUAACGUUCUUACCCCUUUAGCUUACCACUACCGCCGCGAAGAGAAGCUUGUCGUCUCUGAAUACAUGCCUAAAAGCAGUCUGCUCUACGUUUUACACGGAGAUCGAGGGAUUUACCAUUCGGAGCUAACUUGGCCAACAAGAUUGAAGAUCAUACAAGGAGUCGCUCGUGGGAUGAUGUUCUUGCACGAGGAGUUUGCGUCCUACGAGCUACCACAUGGAAAUCUCAAAUCCAGCAAUGUUCUAUUAAGUGAGUCCUAUGAGCCACUGAUCAGCGAUUACGCUUUCCUCUCGCUUCUUCAGCCUAGCAAUGCCUCGCAGGCUUUGUUCGCUUUUAAGUCCCCUGAGUUCGUGAAAAACCAGCAGGUUUCACCAAAAUCAGACGUAUAUUGCUUGGGAAUUAUCCUUCUCGAGCUCAUGACAGGAAAAUUUCCUUCUCAGUACCUAAACAAUGGCAAAGGCGGAACGGAUAUCGUUGAAUGGGUGCAAUCUUCAAUCGCACAGCAUAAAGAAGAAGAGCUUAUCGAUCCAGAGAUAGCGACUAAUACUGAUUCCAUGCAACAGAUGGUGGAGUUGCUGCGGAUCGGGGCUGCUUGUAUUGCAAGUAACCCUGAUGAGAGAGAAAACAUGAAGGAAACUGUUAGAAGGAUAGAACGAAUAACGAUUUGA